GAGGGCGCUGGUGGUUUUUUGGUGAUCUAACCCCGAGAUUGACAGAUUUUCCCAGUCGAUUUUCAGGGAUUAUUGUCGGGGACCUUUGGGGAUUGAUAAUUCAUCAGCUAUGGCAGCCAGGAAGACGAAUUUUCUCUUCAACGCUUCCGUGAAGCAAUGGGCUUAUGAUUUGUCUCGUUUCAAUCAGUAUGGUCUGAGACACGACGACUGUCUGUAUGAGACUCCAGAAGUCCAGGAAGCUAUUCGUCGUCUUCCUGCUCACGUUUAUGAUGAACGUACUUUCCGUCUAGUUCGGGCGAUGCAGCUCAGCUGCAAUAAAGUCGUUUUACCGAAGGAACAGUGGACGAAACGCGAGGAGGACGUGCACUACCUUCGCCCCUACCUCGACGAAGUUCUCAAAGAGAAAAAGGAGAAGGAGGACUGGGACAGGGAAUGAAUAAAUUCAUAUAAUAACAUUUAGAAAAUUACUGAAAUUAAUAUUUACAUAAUCUCUUGAUAUCUGGAAGAAACACUGUAAAGUUAACUUCAAUACAAAAGUUGUUGUAAAUACAGAAUACAUAGUUAAACAAUGA